AUGGACCUCUCCUCCAUUGUCAACACUGCAACAAGUAACCACUCAUUGUGGUCGACCCAUGCUCAUCCCACAGCCACCCCUGCUGAUGAAGCGGUUAAAUUGUGUGGUUUAUUUGAUCCUCCUUCUGAAUGGACACCAGCUUCGGCUUCAUACCGCAAUCGUUGUCCAUCACAUCCAUCAUUGCCCCCAAACUCACCACCACUUCUUUUGGCUUCGGAUAUCGAGGAAUGUCGAUCCCAAAACAGCAAAGUGUUUCAGUUUCAUCUUGAGCGAUCCAAGGCCAUUCCAACAUGGAGCAAUACAACGUCGACAACAUCAUUGAAAGUAAAACCAAGCAAACCAAUCAUCAACAAAGCACAACGACGACACAUGCCAUAUACAAAACCAAAAGGCGAUUACAACCGAAAACAAUCCAACGUAUCACAUCUCCCACCUUCACCACCAUCAUCUUCUGCAUCUUCACCACAACCAUCAUCCACAGCCGAUGACGUCGAGAUGAUGAAUGUAAAGACAUCCAUUCCAACAGCACGUACCAAACAGCGACCUGUACGAAGCAUUGAUCCUAGUUCAUCUGAAAAUGCAUUUGCAUUAUGCUUUGGAGCUGCACAGGUGCGGUUGUAUGCACAACAACAAAUGGCUCGUAAGCAUGCAAGGAUUGAUGCCAUUAAUGACCCCAAUAAAGAAGGAUCCGACAACAACGCCCUCAUGACCAACAAAUCCGACACAAGAAAUGUUGGCUCAAAAGUUGAUCAGCACAUGACAAAAGCAACAACAUCGACACAGCAGGAUCGUCACAUGAAAAAGGCAAAAACAGAGGCUGCUGUUGCAUACGACAAUAUCGAUAUCCAUGUGCCUGAUUCUCAAGUGUUUGACCCAGAAUGGAUGCCUAGCUUUGAUGUUUUCAAUGAAAAGCCCGUUCGUGUCGUAUGGAAAGGCACACCGCUUUCAAUCGAAAAGUAUGAGUUUUAUGACCAACUACACCCUGGCGAGGUGACAAUUGCAUCCACCUUACGUUUGUUGCCCGAGCAGUAUAUUCGUUGUAAGCGUGUCCUUAUCCUCGCAGCACAAGAAGCUCAUAAGGAAGGUACCCCCUUCCGCAAAUCCGAGGCACAAAAGUUAUGUCGCAUUGAUGUCAACAAGGUCAGCACGCUUUGGAGUACUUUUGGCAAGUUAGGUUGGCUUGGUGCUUCAUCCCGUUGA